GGCGCUUGCUUAGCCCGCGCGCGCACACACACACUCGCACACUCACACACUCACACACACAUACGCGAGCUCAGCAGCACUGCCAUUCCCAGACACUCCUCGCAGGAUCUGCAGAGGGGCAGGAAGAGAGCCGGUAGAAGCCUCUGCCUUCCCCGCCCGGGUCCUGGAAGGUGCCCACCCCCCGGCACAACGCGCUGUACAACCCUGGAGACAAGUGCUUGGUAAAGGCAGAAGAGCUAUAGAAACUAUAUAUGUGUCCCCCUGCCGACUGAGGAAGUGGUGGAUGCUGGGCAUCCAGCUGGGUCCCCUGUCGCUGUGGUCUCUGGUGAAGUGUCUUCCACUGAGGUGUGCUGGCCAUGGGCAACCUCAUAAAGGUAUUGGGCAAAGAUUUCGAAAACUGUCCCCAUUUUUUCCUGGAUUUUGAAAAUGCACAACCCACAGAAGCGGAGACAGCUGUGUGGAACCAGGUCAGCGCUGUCCUGGAGGAAGCCCAGGGCAUCUUGGCAGAACUGCAGUCCUAUACAGGAGCUGGCCAGGAGAUUCGUGAGGCCAUCCAAAACCCAACGGACCUCCCACUCCAGGAGAAGGCGUGGAACGCAGUGUGCCCACUUGUGGUCAAGCUCAAACGCUUCUAUGAAUUCUCCCUUCGAUUGGAGAACGCCUUGAGGAGCCUCCUAGAAGCCCUCACCAGCCCACCCUACGCUCCAACGCAGCACCUAGAGAGGGAACAAGCCCUUGCCAAGCAGUUUGCCGAAAUCCUACACUUCACACUCAGUUUUGAUGAGCUCAAGAUGACAAACCCUGCCAUUCAGAAUGACUUCAGUUACUACAGACGGACCAUCAGCCGAAACCGUAUUAAUAACUUGCAGCUGGAUGCUGAGAGUGAAGUCAACAAUGAAAUGGCCAACCGAAUGUCUCUCUUCUACGCAGAAGCAACCCCCAUGCUCAAAACCCUAAGCAAUGCAACCACCAAGUUUGUAUCUGAGAACAAGACGCUCCCCAUUGAGGACACUACAGAUUGUCUGAGCACCAUGGCCUGUGUCUGCCGGGUGAUGUUGGAGACACCAGAGUAUAGGAGCCGGUUCACCAACACUGAGACUCUGCUGUUCUGUAUGCGUGUCAUGGUGGGCGUCAUCAUCCUCUACGACCACGUGCACCCAGUGGGGGCCUUUGCCAAGACAUCCAAAAUUGACAUGAAGGGUUGUAUUAAAGUUCUAAAAGAUCAACCUUCCAACAGCACCGAGGGGCUUCUGAAUGCACUGAGGUACACCACCAGGCACCUGAAUGAUGACACCACCUCCAAGCAGGUCCGGGCCCUGCUUCAGUGAGACGCUUGUGGUGAAUAGGGUCCUGACUCCAAAGCCCUGGGCUCCACCUUGAACUUCAGCUGAGUUUUAGUGUUGCCAUAAUGUGAAUAUUAAAAAACCAUGACCAUAUUUCUCAUUUUAUAAAGGGAAAAGUUUAAAAAAACAAACUCAAAGACAGUUCCUCCCCCCCCACCUCCAGCUUCUCUUGAUCACCUCCCAUCCUGCCUGUCUCCCCCAUUCCUGAUCCCGUUGAACUCCAGGGGUGGGCAGCCGGCCCCCACCCCUUUUUCCCAUGAAGAUGAUAUGACUAGUUUAUGCCUGCCUUUCCAGGAAACUGAGAUAAGGUUGUCUGCCAGCUUCCACUUGGCCUUUCCCAGUUCUUCCUGUACCCAUGAUGGUGAUUCCCGUGUUAGAGAAGGUCUGGGUACUCUCUCAAAUUUGGACUGGUACUGUUCGGGCCCUGGGCACUGGACCUAGCAGGACUCAGGCCUUGAGCCUUUGGGACUCUUCUCUGGGCUUGAGUUGAAGUGUUUGUGGGAGGGAAAAAAGUCUUCCGUAUUAAGACCAUGAGAUAUUUAUGUAAAUAAGGUAUGGGAUACCUCGAGGGGGGGUUGACCUAAAGACAAUAAACAAGUUUGUCUUCAAAAACCCCCACUGGGCCUCCAGGGGAAAUGGUUCAGCUACAUCUUUUAGAUUUUUAAUAUAAACUAUUAAAAUCACUCACCUGUUGUUUUGUACAUUUUUGUGUGAAAUAAAAUGACGUUUAAUCUGUU